AUAUUUUGCUCACGAGGCGCACUCAGGCAAUCAGCCUGAUUUACAAAAUUAUGUAAAUCAGUAGCUGAUGUAGGCCAUACACCGUCCUUCAUGCGAAUAUUAAAUUGUGGUGUACGGAUUCUUGUAACGGUAGGUAAAUGGUCGUUAGUAACCAUACAGUUGACGGUGUCAUACAUCGCUGUAAUGGUGCAAAAAUAAACUUCAAAAAAUAUAAAAAAAAAUCCUUACUGUCUUCGAUCGCCACUUCAACUCAGGAAGCCAUCUUCACCAAAAUGACACAAAGCUCGAAAGAUGAAAUAGAAGAAAUUUGAUCUACCAACACAAGUUCACUUGAUAUUUCUUAAUUCCAGUGCUUUGUAGGUUUGUUCAAAAAAAUCUUUAUGUAAUGUAAGAGAACACUUAUGGAUCGACUGAGAAUGAGAAGGCAGGUCAUGAAAGCAUGAGUAAUCCAUAUUUAGACACUGUUGUUCCAUUAUCAGACAGUCUUGUUCCUGUGGUGGCUGCUGAGGCAGGGGCAUAUGUAGAUUUUGUUCCUAAUUCAUUGUUGACUCCAAUGAAGACCAUAGAGACUUUGGAAACAAUUGUGUCAACAAAUAAGGUUUCUGUGUACUCUACAAUUGAAAGUCCCAAAGUUGGUAUGGUGUUUAAAUCAUGGCAAGAGACAGAGUCCUAUUACAAACAAUAUGCCGAGCAAACAGGAUUUGAUGUUACUAGGGCUCAAGGAUAUAUGUCGAAGAAGAAUAAGGAGAGGCGGGGGAUAACCUGGAGGUGUGAAUGUUAAGGUCAUCCAUAUUCUAGGACUAGAAGGGAAGCGAACAAGAGGGCAAAGUGUAUGGAUAAUUGCGGGAUAGGUGGCACAGUUGAUGGAGUCAUUGGGGAGGAUGAACUUGCUCAGUGUAAAAGGACAUCAAAGAAAUGUUUAUGCGAAGCCAAAAUAUAUGCAAGUGUGAAUCAAGAGGGCCUAUGGGUGUUGAGAAAGGUUUUCUUGGACCAUGUGCACCAAGUUUCCCCUUCUAAGUCCAAGUUGGUGAAGGAAUAUCGUACGAACAAGUUGACACCCAAUGUCAAAAAGGCGUUGAUAAACUACUACGAUGAAGGUGUUCCAGUUACUCAAAUUCAUGGUUGCUUGGGAUUGGACAAAUGUGAGGGGAUCAUGCCUAAAGUUAAGGAUUUACAACAAGAAGUCUACAAAGAAAGGAGGGCUAGGUUGAACAUGGCAGGUGGUGAUUGUGCUGCUAUGAUGGAGUAUUUUGAGAAGAUGCAAGCUGACAAUUCUAAUUUCUAUCACACUCAUCCCCGUGAUGAAGAUGGUCGUAUGAAAGAUGUUAUGUGGGUGGAUGCUCAAAUUAGGGCGGUUUUCGGGUACUUUGGCGAUUUGGUGUGCAUGGAUGCUACUUAUCUCACAAACGAGUUUGACCUUCCCUUUGUGAAUGUAGUUGGUGUGAAUCACCACGGCCAAUCAACUUUGUUGGGGUGUGCUCAAGUUUCACAUGAAGACACGGACACGUACUCUUGGUUCAUUCGUCAAUGGUUGGCUUGCAUGCGAAACAACCCACCAAAUGCAAUCCUAACUGAUCAAGCAGCUGCUAUUCGCAAGGCACUAUCCUUAGAGAUGCCUACAGCUCAUCACAGAUGGUGUAAACACAUGUAAUGCGUAAAAUUCUGGAGAAGCUUGGGAAGUGUGAUGGGUAAGUAAUGACCCGACACUUCUUUUCAGCCUUUUUGAAAUUUCUCACCAUGUUUAAGUUUUAUGCUUUCUUUUACUGCAUUCUUAGAUCUCCUCAUUUGUCUUUGAUCCCUUUUUCCUGUCCUUCAACUUGCAAGUCUAUGCACGAUUCCAUUAAGUUUAUAUCAUACACAUUUAGGUGAACAUAAUCAUAUAAAAGUGUAUGUGUAUGCUCCCAUGGAUGCUGUUUCUUUAAACAAAGAAUAGCUGUUGUUAAAUGCUAUAUUUGUAUAUUGUUUUGUCCUUUUUUUUUGUUAACAUGGCUGGCUCAUAACAUUUGUUGUAUUCUGUAUUUCUGCUGUGUGCUAUUAAUCUUAAGCCCUUUUUUGCCAACCUUCUCUGGCAUAUGUGAUCCACUGGUUUGUGAAUAUUGUCUUCCUAAUGAUAUUACAUUUAAUGAUUAUUCUAUUUGACCAAAUGGAUUCAGUUACAAGGACUUUAAAAGCCCCCUGAAGACUCUUAUUUAUAAAAGUUUUACAACAGAGGAAUUUGAGAGUAGAUGGAACUCACUCACUACUGAACAUAACUUGUUGGAAAAUGAUUGGUUAUGUGACCUUUACAAUGAGAGGCAUAUGUGGGUUCCCGCCUUCAUGAAAGAGUAUUUCUGGGCGGGAAUGAAGACGACUCAACAUGUUGAAAGUAUUAAUAGCUUGUUUGACGGUUUCGUCAAUAGGAAAACAAUGUUACAUGAGUUCCCUAUAAAUUACACUAGGGCCAUGACAAAGAGGGUAAAGGACGAAACCGAUGCGGAUGCUAGGUGUUUUAAGUAUGUACGCCGUCUUGUAAGUGGGUUUAAGGUGGAGAAGCUUUUUCAGGAAAUUCAAACUGAGUGCGCACGUAUGAUGUAUGUUUAGCCUAGGGAAGAGCGACUCAUAGGAAAAAAUGUUGUCCAGUAUUUGUUGGAGGAUAGGGUUUGGAUUAUUCCUGAAGGAUCUAAGCAGGAAAAAAUAACCGACCACCGUAGGUUAUACAGAGUAACCUACAAUUCGGAAACGAAUGAUGUAUCUUGUGAUUGUAGGAAGUUUGAAACUUUUUGAAUACUGUGCAAGCAUUGCAUACGUGUGUUAGACCAAAACCAUGUGUUUGAGAUUCCAGAAAAGUACAUUUUAGACAGGUGGAUAAAAGACAUUGUUAGAAGGCACACACGGGUGAAGGUGUCGUACUAUGACCCUUCCGAGACGGUGGAAUGUAAACGUUUUAACCGAAUGAUGACCAAGUUUGAAGCUAUUUGCGAAGAGGCUUCUACAAUUGAUGAUCCCACGGUUGAUAUGGUUUUAAACACACUAACCGAGCUGUCCACUGAUGUUAGAAAGGCUAGGCUUGCGUUCCAGGAAAAGCAAGAUCCACCAUCUAUGCCGAACAGCAACAUCACUCCAUCUAUGAUUGGGUCUAACACUGCUGCUGCUGCUGUUGUAACCCCUCCUUCUGUCACAAAAUGUACCGUAAAUGACAAGGAUGGACCUCUUAAGGAUCCUAAGACUAGGAAAAAACCUCGAGGUCGUCCUAAGGGGUCUAGGUAUAAGUCGUUGGCGGAGACAUGGUACAAAAAACAAGCCCAUGGAAAGAAGGAUCCACCAACUAAUCCGCACACCAACAUCAGACCCUAUUCAGGAUGUAACUCCUCCGCCUGUCUCAGACCCUAACGCAAAUGUCAACAAUGUUAAUAAUGACAACACUAACCCUAUUCAGGAUGUUAUUCAGUAUCCUAACAUAACAAGUAAGCCUCGAGGUCCUGAAAAUGGGACUAAUUACAAGUCCUUAGAGACAAUAUACAAAACUCAACCUCAAAUUCAGAAUUCUGCACUUGUUGCUGCUCCCAAAAAAAACCGGUUUGUCUAAAUCUUAUACGUAGUAAUUUGUUCAGUUUCUAAAUGUUCCCUUUAUUUAUUGGUAGAUGUUAACUGUUGUGCUGAUUGCCUCAACAGGUCAAGCAAAGACUAAGUGUUUCUAAGGAAAUUCCUUUCAAACAGACCCCAAUGAUUCCGCAGGUCAAGCGAACAAGACACAAAAUUCCUAGAAAACACGCUAAUUUUGAGGCAGCUAUCCUUACGGAUGAUGAAUUGCUUAAGAAAUUUUUCGGCUGCUCUUCCCCAUCUGAAUUGGCCUGACACAGAGUUUGUGGGCUCCUAUUCUCCAUCUAACUAAAAAAUCAAUAUCCUUUUGUGUUGUAAUAUGUAAUUACCAAUUUUAACUUUUAAUCUGUUUGUAAUAGAAUCUCUGUAAUGAAUGGUAUGUUGUUAGCAAGUUCCGUAGUACUACAAACAUGUUGUGUUGUAUCGAAGGAUUGUAGGUGUAGGUUUGUGUCCAUAUAUAAUGUGAUGGGAAGCUAAAAUUUGUGUCCA